AUGACGCAACUCCCAGCUGUCAUUAUUGACAACGGAUCUGGUUUGUGCAAGGCAGGAUUGUCUGGAGAGCAGGCACCAAGAACAGUCGUGGCGUCCGUCGUCGGCUAUCCCAAAUCGAAAGCCAUCAUGUUUGGCCCUGUGCAGAGGCAGUACUAUGUCGGCAAAGAGGCCCAAGCCAAGAGAGGGAUCUUAUCUUUCAAAUAUCCGGUGGAACAUGGCAUAGUGACAUCCUGGGACGACAUGGAGAAGAUCUGGAGAUGGAUCCAGUCCAUCACCACCAACCCCAAAGAGCUAGCACUCAUGUUCCAGGAAUCUGCUUUUGUUUACACCAGAGAAGAUAAGUUUGAGAGGCAACAUCAGUAA